AUGGCCGGAUUCUGGGACGGCUACUGCGCUUUAGUCAAGGCCACAGACGAGCUCUUCGGCAUGCUCAAGCGGCACCUCAACGCCACCUCAAUCCGCGAGGAUCCCGUGGCCUUUAGCCUGUACCUCAACCUGCGCGCAACAGAGAUCUUUUCGCACGAGUCGGCCAUCAAGAAGAGCGAGGAACAGGGGCUGCCGCCGCUCAUGACGACCGAAAGCCAACGACGCGCCACCGCCGCGGCGUUCCAAAUCUCCAGCGCGGUACGGCUCAACUUGCCGUCGCCGUGGAAGGCGAACAGCAACAUUAUUACAUUGCAGGCCAUCUUUACUGCUUGGCCCCUCACCAUGGCUCUCAAGGCAUUGUAUCGAGAGCUAGUUCAUGGUGGAAACCGCGAGACGGUGAACGGGGUAGUGGCUUCGUCGAGGUUGCUUUUCGCGGCUCUAGACCAUAUUGAGGAGUCUGGCGGACACUGGCACCAGUGUGUAUCUCACGUUGAGGCAAAACUGCAGGAGUGGGAUGAAAAGAAUGGUUUUGAUUCUUUGGCACUGUGA